ACCAAUACGCAGAUGCCCCUACUCAUUUUGAUGAAACUAUUGCAUACAUUGUGAGGGAAUUCAUAAUGGUAAAUGCACUGCUACUAUAAUAUCAUCUUGGGUUUCUGCUGUUUGUGCAGGGUUCAUAAUAUAAUGAAAUUUGGUUGAACACUGGAAAAAAAGAAACGCAAUGAGCGGACUGCACUAUUGUCUAUUUUUGUCACAACUGAUUGCUUUUGCAAACGGAAUAAAAUGCUACCAUUGUAAUUCCUCAGUGGUUGAUGCUUGUUCGAAAGGCCUUAAUUCGGUGCCUUCUAUAGAAUGCACAUCAGAAGAAGUUUGUGCCACAUAUCAAUAUGAUGUUCAUCUUAAUGGCAAGGCAAUUGGUACGAGUACCAGCAGAGGAUGCGAAAAGGAUAAGAAUUACUGUGGAACAAUAGAAGAUUUGAUCAAUAUUUUGAUCACGCCAGGUGUUGUGAAGGAACGCAAGUGUUCCUUAUGUAACAAGGAUUUGUGCAACUCCUCAUCUUAUGUUCACUUGUCCUUUUUUGUGGGGAUAUCUGUUUGUUUGAUUAAUUUUAAUAUUUUACGAUAUAGCUGUAUAUUUCUAUAGUUUUUUCAUCUUGAAUAUAUUGCUUAACUGUGAAAUGAACACACAAAUAUUAACUGUAUGAAUCAAUUCUCUCAUUUCUUUUGUAGUUCACCGAUUGUAUCAGUAUGUUGUUAGGUGAAAUUAUAAGAAAAUAUUCAUUCUUAUAUGUUUAAACUUAUAUUUCCUUCUUGCUAUAGAUUCAUGAUGGAUAUAAAAUUAUAUUGAUAAUAUGAU